GUGAGGCAUGCAGACUUUUCCAUCACCGUAAAACUCCUUCAACCCCAAAGGGCCACAGAUUUCCUACGUGCAGCCUGACAUGAAUCUCCGCUCUCCGUGCUUACAGUGAGGAUCAGAAGCAUGGCCCAGGCAAGAAUAUGUUUAGUCGUGUUUUUCAGUUCUGCCUAUCUUUUCUGUACUGUGCAGGCUCAGUAUGAGAAAUACAGCUUCAAAAGCUUUCCAGCGAACGACCUGAUGCCGCUGGAGUCUGCGUACGGACACGCGUUAGAGAUGUACGCGGCUCAGGACUGGAAGCAGAGCGCUGAAUAUCUGGAGCUGAGCCUGCGGCUUCACCGGCUGCUGAAGGACAGCGAAGCGCACUGCAGCCAGAACUGCAGCGCUGUGGGCCGGGAACACGAGGAGAACAACACGGAAACUACCCUCUUGAUCAUGGGGCACAUCAUAAUGCGAGCUGCAUGCCUGAAAAGGUGCAAAACAAACUUUCCCGUGUUUUCAAAAUCAUAUCCUAAGCGAGAGACUUUGGGUGCUUUUGAACAGAGGAUACCCUACCGGUACCUUCAAUACGUCUACUACCAGAUGAAUGAGUUGGAGAGAGCGGUUUCGGCAACACACACGUAUCUACAGAGAAACCCUGAGGACCCCCUUCUAUCUAGGAGUCUUAACUACUAUAAAAGCCUGUUUGACACAGAGGAGUACCUCGUAGACCAUGAGGAGAAGCCCUGUGAGGCAUUAUUCAUGAAGGCUGUAAAGCUGUAUAAUUCGGGGGAUUUUAGCAGCAGUGCUCGAGACAUGGAGCUGGCGGUUGCUGAGUAUUUUAAAACAUUCAACACGUGUUUGAUGUCCUGUGAGGGGUCAUACGAUGUGCAGGAGUUUAAAGACUUCUACCCCACCUUAGCCGAUUUCUAUUUUGAAGUAAUGAAGUGUAAAGUAAAAUGUGAGGAAAAUUUGGUACCAAAUGUUGGUGGUUUCUUUGUGGAGAAAUUUGUUGCCACCAUGUACCACUACAUGCAGUUUGCUUAUUACAAAUUAAAUGAUGUGCGAAAUGCAGCGUCGUGUACAGCAAGCUAUAUGCUGUUUGAUGCAGACGAUCAAGUAAUGCAGCAGAACAUGGCCUACUACAGAUUCCACAGACAACAGUGGGGACUGCAGGACGAGCAUUUCGAACCACGACCAGAAGCUCUUACAUAUUUCAAUCAAACUACCAAACUGAGGGAACUUCUGGAGUUCGCACAGAAUUAUUUACAGACAGAUGAUGAGGAUACUGUAAGUUCAGAGGAAGCAGCAUCAGCUCUGUCAAGUACUCCUGAUGAAGAGUUUGAGGGAAUCGGGGACUACGAGGAGUCUUUCCUUGCUGAAUGGUGGCAGGAACCCAAAACUAAAGGAGAUACAGGAGAACCAGCUGAAUAAACACAAACCAAAUCAUAUACAAUUAUUUAUACUGGUACUUUGGGGGAGACUUCGUCUGGUGUCUUCCUCAUCCCCUGUUGACUCUUUUCCCCUUUUUCAUUGGAGAUGAAUUGUACCAUAUCCAUUCUAACUUUACUUUUAACUAGAACAUUUGGAGCUUUUGUAAUAUUUUUAUGCAAGAAGUUUUAUAAAAACCGUCUCUAACCCAGAUUUUGUUGAGUUUAGAUGAGCUCAUUGAAACUGGAGACACAUCACCAAUCUAACCUCUGCUUAACGAAAUCAGGUCUGUGUUGGGAAUAGUAUUUUUACGUGUUAAUACUGUUUUUUUAUGUCUUUUGUUGCGCUCCCAUGUAUUUCAUGAUGUGUUAUCUAUGAAGAAAAUAUUUUUGUUGAUAUGAAAUGUAUCUGCAUCUUUCCACAUGCAAUCUCUGUAAUUCUGACUCACAUAUAGCUGUUUUAAUUUCAGGCUAUAUAAGAGAGUUGCUGAUAUUGCCUUAUUUUAUAUUGUUUUUAGGUUUUACCUUUACUGAUAAGGAAGAGUAUAUAUCAUAAGAAUAUGUGUAUAUACACCUGAUGUGACAUAUAUUAGAAACAUACUAUAAGGCAGUGUUUGUAUCUGUUCUGUCUGUGAAGCAAUGAAUCCAGGGAUCUCGAGACAAAAAAUAAAUAAA